UUCCUCAGUGCGUCCAAACUCACAAGGUCAAAGAUCUCAUAAGUAUUCAUGUCCCUGUCCUCUCUCAGGCUGUCACUAAUUGAGAAAACACAGCAGCCACAGCAUUAUCAGCAGAUAUAGCUGAAAGAUGUUACAAUAAACAUUCCAGAGGGUGUCACCCACCCGGAGACUAAUUAGAGACCUGGGAGGCUGAGCAAGAUGGAUGACUGCUGUGUGUGUCAGUGAAGAGAGGCGGAGGAGGAGGGGCCGCGCUGCUACAGCGGCUGAUGGUUAUAUGCAGGUGGCUGGAUAUAAACAGUGGCUUUUAUCUUGGCUUUGAACACGGGGUCACGGGGGUGCUGGAGCCUUAGGGCGAGAGGCGGGGUACACCCUGGACAGGUCGCCAGGCUGUCGCAGGGCUUACACAUAGACAGAGACAACCAUUCGCACUCACACCUAUGGGUCCAAUUAACCUAACCCCACUAACUGUAUGUCUUUGGACUGUGGGAGGAAGCUGGAGUACCAGGAGAGAACCCAUACAAACACGAGGAGAACAUGCAAACUCCACACAGAAAGACCCCGGCCUGAUGGUGGAAUUGAACUCAGGACCUUCUUCCUGUGAGGCAACAGUGCUUAACCACCGUGGCACCGUGCUACUCACCAGCUCAAGAAAUCCAAAAUCUGCAUGGGCUGAUACCACUACACUUGUGAAAAGGGGUUUGUGACCCAGGGGCUCUAUACAAUAUAGCUCUCUGAAAUGCCAAGAGCAAAAGCCUAGAUGGAGAAAUAAUGUUCAACUACAAAAGAAAUAAAUGCAACAUUAAGAUUUAGGGCUAGGCACUCAUGUUUACCCAGGAGAGAACAAGGACAUGACAUAGUCUUGGCCCCGAAUUUGUGAAUUCAAAGCAUCUUGGCCAACUUCUUAUUCAGCUAUGCAUAACUUCGCAUUGGCAGGCAGGUCAGGGAUGCUGAAGUACUUUCUAAUACAUCUCAGUGGAUUAUUCUUGCUGUGACCUCCAGCCCCCCAUCUUGUAUAACUCAACAGUCAGGACACAUAGCAGGGUGAGGGGCUCUGCUGCGGCCACCCAUGCUAAAAAUCCACACACGUGAUACUGGAAGAAAUGUACCUAAAGGAAAACAGUCAGAAUUUCUAAAGGACAAAAUGCCAAAAAAUAUGGAUGAUAAUUAAAUAAAUAAGUGUGAUUGAGAUGUGUGGAAGUGCCAGCUUUUUUCUGAAGACGGCAAAAAGGGAGAACAGAAUUACAGUAACUCCAGCAGACCACAAGGAAUGUGGCCGGGCAGCGUGUACAGACAAGCCCAGCAUGCGAUCAGACAUACGCACUCACACGCACGCACACACACACACACAGAAACAAAGAAGACAAAGGACGCCUUGCUACUUAAACUGCACAGCAUCUCAGACUGAUAGCGCCAAUUCACAUUCAUUUUCACAUGGACAGGAUGUUUUCUUUUAUCCCACUGGCACGAAAUCUGUUUGUGUGAGGAUAAACACAUAACACACCAUAUUUAAAAUAAUAAACACAAUUUUGUUCGCAUAUUUGCAGGAAAAUUUUUUUAUGGCCUCACUGGCAUUCCAAAGAAAUUGGCACUAAUUAAUCAUAAAAUGGGAUCUGAUAUUUAUCUAAGCCCUAAAUUAUAAAUAAACACUAUCUGGCUGAACUGACAGCACAAAAACAGCUGUCAUGUCUUUAAGGACGUUUGGAGUAAUAACAAUAAAAGCCAGAGGAAGAUGUUAGUGAACCUGGUCAUGUGUUUCAGUUAAGAAGAUGAGACUGGGUUGGAAAUGCGAGUUGCAGAGGUGAUUAUAAGUAAAUCCAUAACAAAUCUGAACUUCUCAAGCAAGAGGAGAUAGAGAGAAACAGAAACUGCGUAAUGACAUAUAACUGCACAAUUUCAGGGCAGCAGUAAGUUCAUGAAAGGUUUGAUGAUGCAACAAUUUAAAGGAAAUAAACAGAUGAAUAGUUGCAAAGAAGAAAAAAUGUGUUUUUUAAGGCCCAAGUGAGAGUCCUGGCAUUACCCCAGUUGAAAUGGUGUGGUCAGAAGAGGGCUGUUCAGUCUAGACAUCCAACAAAUCUUAAUGAACUGUAACAGUUUCACGAGGAAUGGUCCAAAAUUCCUCCUCAGAAACUGCUAUAGGAAAUUCUAAAUGGAGGCUGGUGCUGAUAAAGGCUCCACAGGUUUGAAGGGUAUUGAAAAGCUACAAACUUUUCUGUCCUACAAUGUUUACUCCUUUCAGAUUUUGAUUCUAACGACAUUCAAAAUCAAUUACACAAGGAUAUAGAUGAACGUAAUAGUACAUUAAUUAGUCAGAAGAUAGCUACACAUUUUGUUUAUUGACUGGAAUAAUUAAGACUAUAAAGUAGCAGACAUGUACAGUACUUGAGUUCGACUGUCAGACGUGAAUAUUUUAGGUUUAGGUUUGGAUAUAAUAUUCCGUACAUAUCUCAGACUAAAAGCUGGCUCUUCUACAAUAAUGCAAUUCAAACAAACAAACAAAAGUCACAGUCAUAGCAAACGUCCAACAUAGUUAAAUUAUAAGAACUUCCUUUCUCCGAAACAGUCCCGGUCUUUGAAUUUAAAACAAGUUAAGCUUUUACCAGCAAGUAUCUCAAGGCCACACAGUCGCAUUUGUCCAAAGGGCACACGUCAUGCUAGAUUACUUUCCCAGAGCACCCCUUCUCAACCCAGUCGGUUUUGGCCAAAUAAAUGUUGGGCGCUUUUUUCCCCCUUUCAACAUGGCGGGAUCAUACAGGAUAUUCUAUUUUUAGUCUAACGGGCUGCUGCUUUGGCUUGAAAGCGUGUUCUCACUGCUUCAUUGUGAUUGUUGUUAAACACGUGAGGGUGCUGUUUCUCACAUGAGGUCAGGCUGACUGACUGUAAUGUAAUAAUAAAGGGCCGAGAAGUGCUCACAGUGGGCUUGUACACUCAGUGCACCUGUUUCUAUUAGUGAAUAGGGCAGGACAAGCUUCGGUGGAGAUAUGCAAAAGAGGAACCGUAGAAUUAGGAUCUGACUUUCCGAUUUUAGAUUGUGAUAGUUGUGUUUUCUUUACGAACAAUUAAAGAUUUUCACAUGAACGCAGAUAAAUAUAUAAAUAAAUAUAGGCCUUAAAUGUUUUGUGAUUUGGGAAGUUUUUUUUAAACAGAAAUCCCGCCGCAGGAGCCAAAAAAAUUAACUUCUUCCAAAAAAUACUUAACAAGUUUCCCCAGCUUCAUUCGUCCAGUUAAUCUCGUUUGUGUUAAGAUGUGAGACUAUACUAAACUAUGCCUUUACUCACUUUUCAACCUUUCCACACUUUUGACCAUAUUUUCUUAUAUUAGAAGGAUGUUUGGCCUCUCCUUGUCUUUUGUUUGUUAUAUUUAGACUCCAUCAUAAUAACAGACAAAAUAAUAUUUCAGAAUGGUUAUAAUGUGUUUCUUAUAGUCUUAUAGCAUGUUUUCGAAUAACUGCCCUGCUUUAUGGUAGUAUUGAGCCCCAGCUGUGCUUCAUUGUCGUUUUGAUGGUAUUGGAUACUGAUUUAUGAUAUUGUUUUAGUUUAGCUGUAAUAUUAAACUUGGUUUGCGGUCAGUUGUGCUUAUUAUGCUUUGCUGGGAUUUGAUUUUUAACUUUGCGGACCUGCUGUUCAUUGCACCACAGAGACCACCUUUAAAACCCCAUCGCGCCACCCUCUCUCUCUCCCUCCUCCUCUUUUCUUUCUGCUGCUUCCCCAGUGCUGCAGGUUGAAUCCAUUGCCCCUAUUUCCUGUCACAUGGGUUGGAAAUAGGAUCCCUGUUUUCUACUAUCUGGUCUCGUCGUAGUGGUGUCAGUGUAGUAGUAGCUGUAGGACCUGCCUUGAAGUUCAGGGACUUUUUAACACCGGCCAAAGCGCGACUCCUGCACAGACACAGACAGCCAAGCAGCAAGUCAGCCAGCCAGUCAGUCAGUCGGUCCAGCAGCCCGCCGGUCUGCGCACCCGUCCGUCAGGCUGCACUUCACCUGAGAGCGAAUUCAGACUCUUUAAUCACACGAUGGAUUCCUGGACCGUCACCUCUGCUCUGCUUCUCGCUGGCUUUAUUUCUUCGGCGGCUUUUAAUGAUUUCGACACCGAGUGUUACACGGCCAACGGAGAAGACUACAGGGGCUUCCAGAACCAGACCAGCCUGCAUGGGGGUAAACCUUGCCUUUUCUGGAAUGAGACCUUCCAGCACCCUUACAACACCCUCAAAUACCCGAAUGGAGAAGGAGGUCUGGGCAGCCAUAACUACUGCAGGAAUCCUGAUGGGGAUGUUCAGCCAUGGUGCUACAUUGCAGAUCAUGAGGACGGGAUCUACUGGAGAUACUGUGACAUCCCUACAUGCCAGAUGCCUGGAAACUUGGGGUGCUUCAGAGACAGUGGUGACCCCCCCACCCUGACUGGUGCCAGUGAGACCUCCAACAAACUCACUAUCCAAAACUGUAUCAGCUUCUGCAGGAAGCAGAGAUACAAGCUUGCUGGUAUGGAGUCGGGAUACGCCUGUUUCUGUGGCAACGAUGUGGACCUACAGAAACGUGGCGAGUCACCUAGCAUGGAGUGUAACCAUGUUUGCUUCGGUGACCACACUCAGCCCUGCGGCGGAGACGGCUGGGUCAUCAUAUUCAGCACCCGAGUGGGGGCCUGUGGUGGGAACUACACUUCUCCAUCAGGAGUGAUCUACUCCCCCGACUUCCCUGACAAAUACGGGGCCGGGCGUGUUUGCUACUGGACUAUCCAGGUCCCUGGAUCCUCGGCCAUCCUCUUCAAUUUCACCUUCUUUGACAUCUCUGACCAGACCGACAUGGUGGAGCUACUGGAUGGCUACACAAAUCAAGUGGUGGCCCGCUUCGACUGGCGAAGCCCUCCACGGGAGCUUGUAAACAUCACGGGCGACUUUGUCAUACUGUACUUCUACUCUGACCGAACCAACCAAGCCCAGGGAUUUGCUCUUCUUUACCAAGCACUCCGAAGCCAGGACACUAGAACAAUAGAGUCUGAAGGAGCACUUCAAAGCCAGGACACCAGAACAAUAGCGUCUGAAGGAGAUGACGAGGAUGAAAACGAAGACGUGUCUAGUACAGCAGGGCCCCAGCUGGCUGGCGGAGUCACAGAGAAAUCUAACGGUACGACGAAUGGACGUUCGUCUCAGAUCCUCUACGUGAUCACGUCCAGCCCCGGUAAACCGGAGCACAACAUGCCAGGUCAGUGGGCUGGACGCGGCGAGACCACCGGCCACAGCGCUAUGUGGACCAUCUACGCUUUAGCAGCCCUCCUCAUACUGACUGUCAUCGCCAUGGUAGCAAAGCUGCUGCUGCACGUCACAGUCAAGUCUCCAAACAUCCCAACCGUCAGUGGUUCAGACACCUGCAGCCAGAGCACAGCGUCUUCUGAGCCUUGGAUCAUCCUGUACCGCCCCUCUACCAUCUCCCUGUUCAAGAAGAAGCUAAAGAACCACCACGGUGACCUCAGCCCCCUGGUGGGCAACUAGUGCUCCUGCUGCGUCCUGCCGUCUAACCAAACAGUACCGCCACCCGCCACUAUUCUGUUCAAGGGCCGUCAGAUGCCAGGCCCUCAGACAAUGAAACUCUUUGAGGCGCUACGCAAACAAGCCAACAACUGAGUGGCUAAUGACAACUGACUGAGUGAAUGCUACUAAAUGGUCCGUGUGCCAAAGUGGCCACGCCUUCCUAACCUGCUCAGCACCGAAGAGGAGCGGGAGGGCAGGCAGGACUGUAAGUGACUGCACUCUUGGAGAGGAGAAUAAAAGAUUGGAUAGAGGAAAAUCUCAAAGAUGCUUUUUUCAUGCAAGAAGCUGUUUCCAUCACCCAUGGAUGACCCUACCAAUCAACAUACCUCCAAAAACCCGUCUGGACAGCAAGCUCACUAGUGAAAAUAUGACAAAGCUGGAGUGCAAAAACAGCUCAGUUCAGUUUCAGUGGCAGCCGAAUCUUCAUCAGCAUCAACGAGAAGAUGAAGAAACUGAGUCUUUAAUACACAUACACAUAUGACACAUGCUGUAAAACUUCAGUUUUUUUUAAUAACUUAACUGCCUCAUGCGGAUGAACAUUUUCAGCCAAAAUCCAGAAUCCUCCCAUCCAAAGACUUGUUUAUUCAUUUGUGUUUUUAAUUCUGUAUUCAAACUGCUAAUGUUUUUUUUUUUAAAAAUAUAUGUUUUACGUGACACCUGGCUUGCUGAGGAAAGGGAAACAGGACGCGGAAAUGUCACACGGAAGGUAGAUAUGACAGCACUUUGGGGACGAAUCAGUCACCGCAAAAUGAAAAGAUCAGCGAGAAAGAGAGCUUGUUCGCCCACUCGUUCACUCAGCGCUCAUGGAUUUGUGUGGCGAGGAGAAGUAGCUAGCUGGCUGGGGGCGUGGGGGUUGGUGCAGUUUGCUCACAAACUGCCAUUUAGGGAGGCUCGGGAAGAUCUGAGGGCUUUUUCUGCUCGGUUGUGGGUGGGAGUCUUUCCGGUUUGAUGGUGUUCAAGUGCCUUAAGGAUCUCCUCUUCCCUUGACUCAGUUCCUCACAUCUGUUUCUUUCACAAAGUGGACCAGUGUCCCUCACAAAAGUCUGCACUUCUUAAAAAAAUCCAUGUAGAUAUGAAGAGUUUCAUUCCAAAAUAGGGUUUCCGCCACUUAAAUGUCAAAAAUGCCUCCCGGUCUUGUGCAGUGAUUGAAAGCAUUAAUCUCAGACUGGAUCUUUUACAUCGUUUUUUUUAACACGACUUUGUUGAUGUCGAUUUAUUUUUUUGCCACACUUAGCCUUUUGGGAUAGAACUCUUCAUAUAAUGACAGACGAGGCUUUAAAAGGCUUUUUUGUUUCUUAUUUGUGUAUCUUAUGUGUAGUCUUGGACAUUUACUGAACAUAUUGUUCACAUUAUGUUGUCUUUUGAUUACAGGGGGAUGAAUAUUGUUGUAUAUUAUGUAAUUCAGUGUGGGAAUGAUGAUAUUUAUGACUGCUCUUUCAUUUUGCGUCUCGGCAAAGCAUUUAAGCAACUUGUCAAAGUGCUUUUGUGUUACUUUAGCUCAAAGACGGAGUGCUUUUUUAAAAAAUUUCUAAUCUUCGAUACCAGUAAAUUGUCUAAAUUCUGCAGAAUGCUGCAGACCUUCAAGCUUUUACUUGUCAUAUAGAUUUCAGGCCAAAAGGUUGAGUGCGAACAAUAUAGUCAGACAGAAAUAUAACCAAAAGCACCCCAAGGUACUAUCCACAAGCUGACAGAAGGUUUCCAGCUAUAAUGGUUUUCUGUGACAUUUUAACUACUUGUGAAAGGUCAGAAUCUACUAAUGCACCAACGGCAUAGUAAUUGGCCUUUCCUGAUGCGAGACUGGAUGUUCAAGGUUUCUGCAGAGUGUCGCUGAGUUAUUUUCUCACUGACAAGAAAAAUAAAAAAGAUCCUAACUUUGAAGCACUUCAUUUUGGUUCAGCUUACAAGAUGAAACGGUACUUAAUCACUUACAAUUCUGUUUUAGUGAAAAGACAAAAAAAAAAAGAAAAAAAAUACGCACUUGUACAGCAACCUGAGCACUUGAAAGAAAGGUUAUAUUUUAUGCAUGACACAGCAUUACAGUGACAUUCAAAUCAAAAGAUUUAUGGUUUUCGAGAACUCAGACAGAAUUUAAUACCCAUAAAAAGAUGAAUAACUUUUGUUUCCCAAUCAGAAGUUUUCUAAAAUGUUACUCUCUGCUAUGUUUUGCCUGUCCUCUCAACUGUAACUCAUGUUAAUUAUUGCAAGACAAGAGCACAUGCCCCUGGGUCUGUGAUGUUCAGAGCUGACCAAGCGUAGAAAGAAGGGGAGAAACGGAGAGCAAUGGGAAAUUAAUGCGCGUUCAAAUCAAACACAAGCUAACGAAAUCUGACAGUUAAAAUCUAACAAGGGCAUAUUUGUUUGGAUAGCCUGGUGAAUUAUGCAAACUUCCAUUUUCUGUCCGGUCCUCCAGUCAGUCGGAAAAUUCCACGCCGUCUUCUGAGCGGUGGAAACAGUCUUUUUCUUGUCUCCAAAACUGUUGUUGUUGAUAUGAAUGUCCUGUAGUGCUCGAUAACAUGAAAACAACACCAGAAGCCCUGAGUCAUCACGAGAGGCCAAAACAUUGUUUUCAUCAAAUUGUAAAUAGCAAAAUAGUGAAAAUUUUAAUUUAUACAGUAAAUUAUUGUUAUUUUGUAUGUGAAUGGGAUAUAAUCUAUCUUUUGUAUAAGUGAAGUAUCUUUGUAGUUUUAUUUAAUGUGUCCUGGUUGCAAAAUAAACACUGUAUGCAUGUUUCUUA